AUGCAACCCCUUGUGGCUUCCUUUAAAAAGCUCGAGACAGUCGCCUACGCGUUCAGGUAUCGCAGUAUGAUGUUCACUCAAUAUCCUACCUGUUUUCCAGACCAGGAAUAUGAGCCACAAGAGACCGCGUCUACAUACUACGAUCCUCAUUACUUCGCUCCUGUGGUGCCGCAGAACCUUCAGCCCGUCCAGGCAGCACUCCCACAGCGAACAGACAUGAUUGUCCAUGCGCCCAUGCCUACACUACUCGGUCAAAAUCCUCUGUGGUCACGCAAUUUCGAGGACCUUUCGGAAUACCAAACACAGUACUCGGCGUCACCAUUGAGCGUCACGGGCUCGGACACUGUCUGUUACUACCCGGAAGCUGACCAGCAGUCUUUGGCAUCUGGACAGUGGUCGGAUGAAGUGGAUCAAGGCUCUCAGCACCCCAUCGCCACCUUCCCCACACCCAGCGAAUUGCUUGUCGAAUUAUCGACUAAGAACGACUUGGCUCUAUCCGCUCCAGGCUAUCCGUAUGUCAAGUCCGAGUCGUCCGCCCAUCCGACUACGAAGCACGAGAACUUGGACUCAAACCAUUCUUAUACUAGCUCCAAGAGUCCGUCGCUCGAACCUCCGCAGUCAGCGGACGACGCUAAAAGCGAGGCAAGUCGCGGCAAAGCACGUCGACGCGUUACCAGCCAUAGCAUCGGUCAGGCGACGACAUCUGAUCCGGAAACUAUCUCGUCGCACGAAAAGAAAAGGCACUACCUUGAAUGCCUCGAACAAUAUGUCAUGUAUCUGCACCAACAGCUGGAGCUACUAAAUGUCUCCCCUGUGCCAUUGAAGCGCGUUCAAAGUUACGGCGGCCUCAAGAGCCGCUCUAUCAGAACAUUACUCGUGCAUAUGGAAAAAACGAGCCGGGGUUUAGCUUCGAAGACCAAGGCUGAAGAAGACAGGUUUGCUCAACUGCGGGAGGAAGUUAUGAGCAGGAACUUUUCGAACGAACACCCGGCUGACUGA